AUGGCGACAGUCACUGCGUUUGCUGGGCUUGCAAGAUUGAGAAGCCAUUUUCCAGAAAGCGGUGGGGUCUAUUUCACGGCGCCAAACCGGCUGCGGGCAUGUGACAGACAGUUGAAGGUUGCUUCAGUCUCCGCCAAAGCAUUGUUGGCUGUUGGGGUGGCAAAGCGUGCAAAUUGGAAUCGUCAACCAGGAAGGCAGUUCCGAAGUUCCCGCAGACUGCACGGUCUCCAGGCAAGUGCUGAGAAGAAGGCAUGGCAGGAAGCAGAAGAUGAUGAUUUGUGGGAGAACAUUAGAGGGCCGCCGCCAGGUCAGAUCAAUUCAUUUGCACCUGGAGCAACGCUGAAGGAUGCGAAGAUUUUUGCCGCUACACGCACGAUAGCCGUUGCACCGUGGUCAGAGGACGUCACCCCAAAGCCGAUCUUUGCAAUCUCCGAUGGGCCUGGAGUGGUUGCCAACUUGGUGGCGAGGAUGGGCUUUAGACAGUUCGGUGACAUAACAAGGUCCAUUGUUGAGGUGGUGGACGGGGUCAAGACAGAAGAAGACGUGAAGGCAGCGGUUGACAAGGCAGCCACAUUGGCUCCCGAGGAGUCGCUGGCCAUUGAGCAGGCAGGAGCCAUGGUGGUCUUCUCACUAGCGAACAUUUCCUUGGCAAAUUUCUUGGUGUCUGAAUGUGGACGACAAGGUGUUCCUUGUAUCAACUUCAUGGAAAGUGCGAUCUUGGCCAUCGAGCAGCGUUUGCAGCUGCCUCGAGGCUCUGAAGAUGUGCCUGAUGAGCCAUGUGAAACCAUCUUUGCAGUGUCCGAUACCUCAGCAGAGGCUUCAUAUCGGAUAGCAUGCAAGGCUUUCAAGCAGUUCCCCAAUGUAAAGCUGACUGGCAUCACCUGUUGCCCUGGGAUAAAGUCCUUGCAGGAGAUUGACCAUAUCGUCCAAGAAGCUUUGAAACGGAGGAGUUUGAUCAUUUACACCUUGGCUUCCCCAGGCAUGAGCCGCUUCAUGAGGCAGCAAUGCGAGCGGGCCAAGGUACUUUAUGCAGAUGUCCUUCAGCCGGUUGUGAUUGCUCUGGAAAGAUACCUUGACUAUCCUCCUGUAGGAGUACCUGGUGGUCACUACUCGAAAGAAGAUGAGCUGUCAGCAAAAACGUUAGAGGUGGCAUGGGAGGAAAAGCCCAUGAUUGCCUGA